CACACACACACGUACACACAGACAUCGACUUACACACACAUAUAAACUUACACACACACAGACAUCGACUUUAGAUACACACACAUGGACUCUCACACACACAAGUACACACAGACAUCGACUUACACACAAGUACACACACACAGACAUCGACUUUAGAUACACACACAUAGACUCACACACACACAAGUACACACAGACAUCGACUUACACACACACAUAUAAACGUACACACACAGACAUCGACUUUAGACACACACACAUGGACUCACACACACACAAGUACACACAGACAUCGACUUUAGACACACACACAUGAACACACACCCACGAUAGCCUAUUCCCAUGUUAUCUCAACGGAAAUCGAUUCCAAUAGCUUAAUCAACUAUAAAUCGAUUCCCAUGUUAUACCAAUAGAAAUCGACUCUGUAAAUCCACUACAAGAAUCGAUUCCUAAUGUUAUCCCAUUAAGAAUCGACGCAAGUGGAGUUAAUCGAACCGGGAAUCGGAUUUCUCUGCACCACGUGACUUGAGAAACGGAAACACGUGGGUCCCAGGUGGGUGUCAUGGCGGUGCGGGAACUCUUCUCGAGACUUGGCCUACUCUUCCUCCUCCACCACCACCUCGUCACGUGCACACACGCUGCGACUCCCCCUCUGAAUGUGCGCGUGGAGUCUCGCGACCUGCUGACGCAACUCCGCUGGGACCACGACGCUCAAGUGGACGUCGCCACCAGCAGCAGUUCACAGAUCCUGGACGUUGCCUACAGGGUGGACAGCAAACUCUAUGGACGAGCCCGCUGGCGGACCGUCUGCGCUGCCACCGCAGAGACACGGUGCGAUGUCUCCUCAGCGCUGCGACAUCCCGGCGACCGCUAUCAACUUCGCGUCAGAUCCACCGUCUCAUCACCACCACCAACACCACCAUCAUCGUCACCCUGGGUCGUGGUUGAGGUCUUACCCUUGAAGACAACCGUGCUGAGUGCUCCCACUGUCACCUUGGUGUUGCACAAGAAAUCGACGGAGGAGGAGGAGGACGGUGACGAUGACGAUGAUGAGGAGGAGGAGUGCCGUCAUGAGGAUGAGGGCUACGAAGACGAUGACGACCACAAAGAUGACUACGACGAUGACGACGAUGACGACGACGACGAUGAUGAUGACGGUGACGUCGCUGAUGGUGUGGACCGUGUCAACAACCACCACAGCGAUGACGAUGAUGAUGAUGACGGUGACGUCGCUGAUGAUGACGGUGACGAUGAUGACGGUGACGACGACGAUGAUGACGGUGACGAUGAUGAUGAUGUGGACCGUGUCAACAACCACCACAGCGAUGACGACGAUGACCACGACGAUGACGACGAUGAUGACGAUGAUGACGAUGAUGACGACGGCGAUGAUGAUGAUGAGGAGGAGGAGGCGGAGUGGUGGGAGCUCUCCGUGGGGAUCUCCAUGAGGAGUGCAUGGAGGAGGAGAAUGGCGCUUCGCGACGUGGUGCACCACCAGGAAGCAGAGAUCUCCACGAGGGGGGGUGGCACUACCAGCACGAUGAGGGAUCACUUUGUGGGAUGUCGCUACCACCACGCCGUGCCCCCGUCUGGAAGCGAGGUUGAAUACUGCGUCCGCGUGAGAAUCGUGGCUGACUACCCCCGGUGGAAGACAGGGGAGUGGUCUCCACUGUCCUGUGUCUCCGUCCCUCCACCACACAGCACCGUGGCCACCACCGCCACCACCACCACCGCUGCCGCCACCACCACCACCACCACCGCAGUGUCUACGGGAGACGAGGCGACGCUCCCCGCCGGUGGCGGCAGCGCCUCCAUCAGCUUCAUGGCGGCCAUAGCGGUGCUGGCGAUCCUCCCCUUCGUGGUGUGCACCGCGUGGGGCACACGGAGCGCCGGCAAACGUGGCGCGGACGAGCAAGGAGGGAGCUCCCCGAGCCUGGUGCCCGAGAGAGAUGCCGUCUCUGCCGAGUGCAGCGACGAGGAGGCCGCCACGGCGCGGAUGACGGAGCGGCACGCGGAGACGGAGGUGUAAGAGGAGAAGAGGUGGAGGAUGAGGUGUCAAGAGUCGGAGUCGGAAGUUUGUGUGUUUGUGGGCAAGGCGGCCACUGUAGUAGUACCGUCCUUGUUGCUGUUGUUAUAUUGAUGGUGAAAAGUUAUUUCUCACCCACCCCCCUCACCCCGACUUUAUAUUGAAGCUUUUAGUUGUGUGAUGUCCGGUACUCACACAGAGACCCAAAGACUCGCCACACAGAGACCCACAGACUCACCACACAGAGACCCAAAGACUCGCACAGAGACCCACAGACUCACCACACAGACACCCAUAGACUCACCACAAAUAGACCCACAGACUCAUCACACAGAGAGCCACACAGAGGACCCACAGACUCACCACACAGACACCCAUAGACUCACCACACAGAGACCCACAGACUCACCACACAGAGAACCACAGACUUAUCACACAGAGACCCACACAGAGAUCCACAGACUCACCACACAGAGACCCACAGACUCACCACACAGCGACCCACAGACUCACCACUCAGAGACCCGUAGACUCACCACACAGAGACCCUUAGACUCACACACAGAGACCCAUAGACUCACCACACAGAGACCCAUAGACCCACCACACAGAGACCCACAGACUCAUCACACAGAGACCCAUAGACUCACUCACACAGAGACCCAUAGACUCACUCACACAGAGACCCAUAGACUCACUCACACAGAGACCCAUAGACUCACUCACACAGAGACCCAUAGACUCACACAGACCUAUAGACUCACUCACACAGAGACCCACAGACUCACCACUCAGAGACCCGUAGACUCACCACACAGAGACCCACAGACUCACCACACAGAGACCCACAGACUCACCACACAGAGACCCAUAGACUCACCACUCAGAGACCCACAGACUCACCACUCAGAGACCCACAGACUCACCACACAGAGACCCACAGACUCACCACACAGAGACCCACAGACUCACCACUCAGAGACCCACAGACUCACCACUCAGAGACCCACAGACUCACCACACAGAGACCCACAG